AUGGAUGGAGAUUCAGCAUCUGAGUUGACACUUCAAAUCUCUCAUGUUUUGAAACAUAUCAAGCCCAUUAAGCCACACGUUGCAGAAAUCUAUACUGGAGCUCUAAGAGGUUCAAUUAAAUUGCAAAUCCAAUACAACCGGGAUGUGAUAGAAUUUGUUGAUGAUUUUGUUCAUUUCAUCUUCAAGGAUUUGUUGGAGUUAUCAAACUGUGAGGCAUGUUCUUCGAUGCUUCCUCUUAAAAAAGAUCAAAUCAAAAGCCUUGCCGAAGCAUCAAAGCAAUUGGUAACUUUGCUCAUUUAUCCACCUGAAGAUCUAUGUGUCAAUCAGGGGAAAUUGAGUGACAUUCUUACAUGCAUUGAAGGUCUUAUUGCUGAGGUAGCAUCUGCUGCUUUCUCUUUCUCCGUUGACAAAGCAGCAGAAGUUAACUCGGUAUUCAGUGACUUGUUAAAAAAGAUUGAACAUGUCAUGGAAGAUCUAAAAGAUGUGAUUCUGAAAGAUCUAGUGUCAUCAAAAUGUAAUUUUCCUAGGACAAAUGGAUUGGGGUUUAUCGAUUAUCUCUUACGCUAUCUGAAAGAGCUGCUGCAAGACGGAAAGUGUGAUUCUGUUGUCAAGCAUCUUAUUGAAGAAGCUCAGGAAGAGUUAUAUCUCUUAAGAUACUUCUUGAAGGAAGUUGAGAAGAAAAAACAUGAGUUUGAGGAGGUGAAGAAACAUGAUCUAUGGACAGAAGUCAUAUCUCUAGCAUACCAGGCAGAAUGCAUAAUUGAUUGCCUGGUUACCGGAGAUUAUCCUGUUUGGUAUCUACAUUUGUUAUGUAAGAUCACAACAGAAACUAAGGUUGUAAGGGAUCAUUUGAAAGAGUUCCAUGCUACGAUUACGCGAGAAGUUGAAGUCCCUAUUGAAGAACAAGGACCAAAUCCUGUCAGACAAGUAGUUGAGACUACACAACUUGAUGAGGUAAUGGUGGGUUUUAACGACGAGACUGACUUGCUAAUCGAACAGCUCACUAUAGGACCAAAGUACUUGGAUGUUGUGUCUAUCGUAGGGAUGCCUGGUCUUGGAAAAACUACACUAGCAAAGAAAGUUUUUCAUGAUGAGAAAAUGCGGCGUCAUUUUGACGUCCAAGCUAUGUGUUGUGUUUCCCAAACUUAUGACAGAAGAAAGUUGCUGCUCGGAAUUUUGAAUCAAGUCAAAUGUUCUAACCAACAGAAUGAGAAAAAUCCAGCAGAUGCUUUGCGGAAAUUUCUAUGCUUACCGGAUAAUGGAAACGGAAGCAGGAUUUUAUUAACCAGCCGAAACAUUGAUGUGGCUUCCAACAUUACACGUGAAAGAGAACCUCUUGAACUUCGUUUUCUUGACGAAAAUGAAAGUUGGGAACUAAUGAAAAUCAAGCUGUUUAAGGAACAAACUUGCCCACCAGACCUAUCAAAAGUAGGAGCAAACAUCGCGAGUAAGUGUAAAGGACUACCUCUUCUUGUGAUUUUGGUUGCUGGAGUUUUGUCUGGGAUAAGCGAAAAUGAGGAAAGUUGGAGAAGAGUUGCAGAGAGUAUAAAGUUAGAUACUGUUACAAGUGCAAAAGAGUGCAUGGAGGUUAUAGAACUGAGCUACAAGCACUUGCCAGAUCAUCUCAAACCCUGCCUUCUAUAUUUUGCAUCAUUUCAGGAGGAUGAAGAAAUUCCACUCUCAAACUUGGAGUGGUUAUGGACUAUCGAGGGAUUGCUGCCAAACAUAGGGCUUGAUGCAGAAAGUUUACUGAAUGAUCUCAUCGGUAGAAGCUUGAUAAUGGUGAGCAAGAGAAAGUCUACUGGAGGAGUCAGAACAUGCCACAUUCAUGAUAUGUUACAUGAUUUUUGCGUGACAAAGUCUAAGGAAGAGAAGUUUAUGCAACUAACAAGCACCGGGAAGAUUGAUUUGUCUAGUUCCUUUUAUGAGCACCGGAGGCUUUGCAUUCAUCAUAGCCUUUAUUGGGCAGGGAAGAUUGGAAACCUGCAAGUUCGGUCUGCAUUCUUCAGACCCCCGAAAUCUGGCUGCCAGGAAUUUCUUGAUCUUGAGAACUUUAAACUAUUAAGAGUACUACAAAUGGAAUGUCCUAUGUCGGACAGUUCAUUCCAGAGAUCAAAAGAGCUGAUCCAUUUGAAUUACUUAGGAAUCAAAGGCUAUAUGACAUCGACAGACAUAGAGACCUUGGCCACAGUGUCUCUCACUAAUGAGCUAGUAGACUAA